AUGAAGCCCGUCGUAUCCGCCUUCAAUGCCUGGACAUGGUGCGCUCGCCUUAGACCAACUUUCCUCGGAUCCAUAUUAAUAAAGCGACNNAGUGUUGUCAUCUCCGUCUUCGCCAUCGUCAUCCUUUCCGUCAUUGGUGCUCUCUUCAAGACAAACAACCACUCCAUGAUGGGCUCUGAGGAAGACCCCACCGAUGGCGCUGCAGUCGCCGCCUCAGUCUUUGGUGCCGUUGCUAUCUAUGGCGGUUUCCUUGUCUUUUGCGCUGGCCAAGCUUAUCUGCACCAACGAGACAGAUCAAGAGGCGCCAUUGCCCUGUCGUAA